UGUUAUUUUAUUUUUUGGAUUCACACAUAAAUUGACAAUCAUAAAAAACAUCAUGCGUUUCCUAUCAACUCUGCUUGUUAUGCUAGGUGCAAUUUCGGUGGCCUCUGCCGGCAUUACAUCAGCGAAUUGCGGCGCAAAUUAUAUGAAAUCCCACGUCGACGACUAUACAGGAUUCACAUAUGCGAUCCAGGAAAUGCCUAAGGACCAAACAUUUUGCGUCCCGGCCAAAUCUUGGAAAUCAUUAUUUUGUGAUUCACGCACGUCGAGCAGCGUGUGGGCCGAAAACACAAGCGAUAAAGAAUGGUGCUUUUCGAGGUAUACAGUUUCAAUCUGGGCGGAAAACUUGAUAGACGCGUGCACAACAACGCUGAAAACCAACUGGAUAUCUGCAUAUGCUCAGCUGGACCAAGGACCAUGGUGGAUUGAGGUAGGAAGGCCACAGAGCCAGAAGUGUUAAGCUAGAAAGAAUGCCACCUAUUUCAUUAGUUUUUCCUAUUUAUUGGUUUUCCCUAGGGUUCCCGCGGCGUUACUGUUGUCCCUGUCAGCGGCACCACAAAUAUGACCUUGUCCACCACCCGUCCGCCCUGCGAAAAUCUCCCUCGCUUUUAUACAGGGGGCUCUCAUGAGCGGACUGUACCGCGUGCACAAACCGACAUCCGUGCGUAGAACAUUCUAAAUUAACU